AUGAAGACCAUCUCUAUCGUCAACCGCUACUCUCCACACUCUGCAGCUGACGAAGUAGAGCUCGAUGCGUUUAACGACCAACUUGAGGAAAUCAUCCACAACGAAAAGACCUUCUACAAUUUCAUUGUUGAUUUCAACGCUAGGCUAGGCGAAGCACAAGAGGAGUAGUUCAGGAUUGGAAAACUUGGAAUGUGGGACAGGAACGAGAACGGAAACCGCCUAGCGGGACUCCUGUCCGCGGCUCGACUCUUCCAUGGAAAUUCUUUCUUCCAGAAGAAGGAACAUCUCGGUUGGACAUGGGAGUCUCCAAAUGGUACAACUCAUGCUGAACUCGACCACAUAUUAACAAACAGAAAGUGGUGCUUACUAGAUGUUGGUGUGGUACCAUCUUUUUGCAGUGGUUCCGAUCAUCGACUCCUUCGCGCUAAGAUCAGAUUCAGUCACAAGCUGGAAAAGAUCUCUCAACAUCGCGCGAAGAGCUCGAAGCAUGUUGUAUACGACGGAGAUGUUCUGAAUGACGUCCUGUCCCGAUAUGACUGGCAAGUCCUGGAUGAUCGAACGGAAGACUACGACGCGCUGGUUCGGGGUCUCCUCACUUGUGCUGAACAAGCCAAGCUUCCGCGAGUGGAUACCUCCGCUCGCAUUUCAGAUGCGACGAAGGAUCUUCUCAGAACAAGAAGAAGCUUGAUGCUUGACCAAAACGCCACACAUCUCGAAAGGCUGCAAGCGAAUAUUAGCUGCAGACAAGCGGUGCGGCGAGACCUUCAGCUAUACAGGGAGAGGAGACUACUGGAGGCAGCACUGAACAGAACUAGUCUGAGAAAAUGCCAUCGGGAUCUUCAGGACCACAGUACUCCACUUUCGUGCUUGAAGAAGGAGGACGGAACACUCACAACAUCGAGAUUUGAGAUGGAGGAAGUUACACGGAGAUUUUACACCAAACUCUACCGAUCCACUACACACGUGCGAAAACCUAAAAUCCCCACUGGCGGAAAAGCACCUCGGAUCCUUCCUUCGGAGGUGAGGGUUGCGAUUGCGAGCACGAAAAGGAGCACAACUCCAGGCUCCGAUAAGAUCUCAGCCGACCUACUUCGUGCAGGAGGCUACGAACUUCAUGCGCUUCUCGCAACACAUAUGACAUCCUACCUUCAGAAGGAGAAGAUCCCCAACCAUUGGAGGAGCUCGCGGAUGGUCAUUCUUCACGAGAAGGGAGGCCGGGAUGAUCUUCGCAAUUACCGCCCAAUAAGCUUGUUAAGUGUGCCUUACAAGCUAUUCACGAAGAUCAUUCUGAUCCGCAUAUCGCGAACGCUGGAUGAAGCUCAACCUGUAGAGCAGGCCGAACUCCGGAUGGGAUUCAGCUGCUUAGACCACAUCCAAGCGGUCGCAAUGGUCUUCGAAGUGUGCCGAGAAUUCCGAAUACCUUUUGUCCUUACCUUUAUCGACGAUGAAAAAGCUUUUGACAGCGUCGAAACGAAUGCGGUCCUGUAA